UUCUGGGCUUCGGAGCUGAAAUAGAAAGAAGGCCCAAAAUUUAUCCACAAGAGCGCAAACACAAACGCAAAUUGAGAGAGAUGCAGAGAUCCGUCAACUCAAUUGAUUCAGCUGCUGCAAAGGGGACAUGGAGAGAAAUUAAAGAGGAAAAAUGAAGAGAAAAAAAAGGAAAGAAAAUUUAAUUUAUUCUAUAUUAUUUGGAUAGAUUAUUGUAAUAGUUGAGAAAUUAUACCCUCAUUUUCUUUCUUAUGUUUACGUUGUAGAAGGAUAUUUAAAUAUUUUAACAAUCAUUCCUUUCCAUUUUCCAGCAAUUUGGAGAGAAAUAUUAUGGGUUUAAAUUUCUCAUUCUUUCUCUUCCUUUCUCUUCAAUUCUCUCUUCUAUUGGAUAUCCAAACAAGAAUUUAAAGAAAUCAUCUCUUCUCUCCAUUUUCCUUAGUCCAAACAAAGGGUUAUAGUACCAAAUUAACUCCCGAAAUUUUCUAAAUCAGAAAGUACCUUGUGAAUCCUUUUUGUUUUUGCUGCUUAUUUAGAACUUGAAUAAUGAAUUAUACUAAAUUAUUCCGUAAAUUUAAUGUGCUUAAUCUAUAUUUUGGUUUGAAAUUGCUGUUCUUGAUGAAACUAUUAGAAUUUGGUGCUGCCGAUUGUUAUUGUUCUGAAUUAGAAUUGAAAAUUGUAAUGGGAAAUUUUUGUUAAUUUGUUCAAUCGGGGAACAAGAUGUUUAUUAAUCAUUUUAUACUUUGUGUCACGUCUCAUUAUGUCUCAGUUCAUGCAGUUGUUACCAAAUCUUGAAAGUUAGCUGUGCUGAGGAGAAGCAUAAGCGGGGCUGUGAUGGACAACCUUGUAGACUCUUUAAACAAUGCAUAUCAGGAGUUUGUGGCUGCAGCAGCUAAUGUGCUUGAGGCCAAGGAGGUUGCUGGUGCACAGAAAACAGCAGCCACUGAUGCUGCAUUGGAAAAUUUUAAGCAGAGGUGGGAGUUGUUUAGGGUGGCCUGUGAUCAGGCAGAGGAGUUUGUUGAGUCUGUGAAGCAGAGGAUAGGAUCAGAGUGUCUGGUGGAUGAGGCCACUGGAUCUGUGACAGGGAAGUCAGGACAGGCUGGGACAACAGGUCUUCCACCCAUUAGUGCUGUUCGGUUGGAGCAGAUGAGUAAAGCUGUACGAUGGCUUGUUAUUGAACUGCAGCAUGGUUCAGGUGCAGCUGGUGGUGUUGCAGCGCAUGCCCAUUCCUCUGCUCCUUUUGAUGCUCGCUUUUCUGAAGAUGCAGCUCAAUAAAGAGCUCUUGUAUUUCAUACAAAGAAAGAAUGAUCUAGAUGCAAUGAAAAAAACAGGUGGCUGCAUUAUUUUGUGGACGAACCAUGAUGAUGUUCAGUAGACAUAGUUGGGGUCAAAUUAUUUGGGUGCUUCCACUUGAAGGGUGGUGCCGAUGUUGAUGUUAGGGGAGUGCUGUAGAAGUUAUGCUUGACCUUUGGAUUGAUAAAUACACAGCAUAUAGUUAUGUUUCUUUUCCUUGCAAUGUAAGCUCUACUUAAGCAUUUUAAUUUUGAUGGAGGUGUUGAGAAGUGUAUUUUAAUGUAUCUAAUUUAGGAACUAGGGAGUAAAUCCUUGCAGGUAGAGAAUUUGGAUCCAUUCUCUAGUUGGGUUGCUGAUUGUAAAAUACUCAAAAGCUUAAUGGCAUUGUUAGAUGAUCUUGAAUUAAAA